CAGAACUGUUUGGUAUGUUGUUGUGAACUUGUAGCUAGUUAGGUUUUUUUUGUUUGUUUUAUAUACACUAAACGGUACAUCAUCAAAGCUACUGAUAUCAUGGAUGCGUUACACAGACAUCGUUCUCUUCACAAGGGGACGACUCCACCAUGGAAGGAAACCUACAGGAAGCGUUGCGUGGACAGGUUGAAAAACAGCCGAUCCAGGUUACUGGAGAAGUACCGUCAGAUGGGAGAUGGUCAACACUGCAGCACCAAGGGCUCUGUUUUCGUCCAGGAGGUGAUGGAGGAAGAGUGGAAUGCGCUUCAGUCAGUCAACAGAGGGCUGCCCUCCCUGUGGCGCAGAGACGGAAUGGAAGAGAUGUACAGUGUCAUGAAGGAGUAUGAUGAACUGGCAGUGUUUGAAGAAAUCCAACAGGAACUUAUGUCUCAAGAGCUCUCCAUCAUUGAGGAAUAUGAGAAAAGCAUGCAGUUUGAGGAGCAGUACUUGAAUUCUGUUGUGGAAGGGCUGGAAGGGGAAAGGCAAAUCAUAUGUCCCAUAUGUCAUGUACACAACCUAGCUGUGAACAGCCAUUUUACAUCCUGUCCAUGUGGGCUUUACAUCAACACAAGGCAAAGCAACAUGACCCUAGAGUCUCUGCAGUGUCUGUUGGAGAGGAGGGUAACUGAACACAUGGAGGAUUGUCUUCAGAACCCUGUCUUCUCAAUGGCCUCCAAUGCAGACAGCGCUCCAAACCUCAUGAUGAGCUGCAAGGCUUGUGAUUACCUGUCCAUAGUUCUGUGAAUCACCCAUCCUACCAGGGGAAAAGUCUGAUUUUAACCCUCCUGUGUCCGUGGGAGGAUUUUUGUUCUCUGAAAUAAAGACUUUAUAUUUGUACAGUAAGAUUGGGCCAUUUUUAGUUUGAAUGGUAUACAGAGCAUGUCUUAAACUUACGUUACAAGGGAAUCCGUGUCAAAAGUAGUCACGGCAGUACAAUGGGAUGCCACAGCUCUGAUCAUGAUGCUUCCUGUUACGUGUCUCAGAUGUUUUCCUGGAGGCCUUCCUUCCUCCCUGAAAAGGUACGCAUAGACUGCUACAACCAGCUCAAUGCAUGAAUCAAAUCCUUUUGCUAUGAUCACUGGCUUAAUUUCUCUUCUGCACUGUUGUCAUGUAAUGAGGGAAAUGUACACAUGUCAGCAAUAAAAUCAUGCUUAACCC